GCUCUUCAAAAUGGAAAGUUAGUGGGGCUGGCGGCAGAAGUGUGCCUGGUUGCUGUCACCCGGCUGUCCCCAAGAUUGUGGCUCACCUGCUUCAGAGAGGACGCUGGCUAUAGCUUGUGAAGUCUGCCCCCAUCCCUUACCUGCUUGCCGUCUUCUUAGACCCAUCUUCUUUCUGCUUCGAGAAGUUGACCUCACUGGGGCACCAGGUAAGCUUCCAGAAGAUCAUGGCCCACAUGGGGGACUGCAAAUGGAUGUCCUGGCUCCCAGUGCUGGUGGUGUCUCUGAUGUGCUCAGCCAAGGCAGAGGACUCCAACUGUGGCGAGAAUGAAUACCACAACCAGACUACCGGGCUAUGCCACCAGUGUCCUCCCUGCAGAUCAGGGGAGGAGCCCUACAUGUCCUGUGGAUACGGCACCAAAGACGAUGACUAUGGCUGUGUGCCCUGCCCUGCAGAGAAGUUUUCCAAAGGAGGUUACCAGAUAUGCAGGCGCCACAAGGACUGUGAAGGCUUCUUCCGGGCCACAGUGUUGACACCAGGGGACAUGGAAAAUGAUGCUGAGUGUGGCCCAUGUCUCCCUGGCUACUACAUGCUGGAGAACAGACCCAGGAACAUCUACGGCAUGGUCUGCUACUCCUGCCUCUUGGCUCCUCCCAACACCAAAGAAUGUGUGGGAGCCACCUCUGGAGUUUCUGCUCAAUCCUCCAGCACUUCUGGGGGCAGCACUUUGUCCCCCUUCCAACAUGCUCACAAAGAGCUUUCAAGCCAAGGACACCUAGCCACCGCGCUGAUCAUUGCCAUGUCUACCAUCUUCAUCAUGGCCAUCGCCAUCGUCCUCAUCGUCCUGUUCUAUAUCAUGAAGACUAAGCCUUCAGCCCCAGCCUGCUGUGCCAGUCCCCCAGGAAAGAACCCAGAAGCCCCAGCUAGCACACAUGAAGAGAAAAAAGAGACUCCAGACAGUGUGGUGACUUUCCCUGAGAAUGGUGAAUUCCAGAAGCUGACAGCAACACCCACAAAGACCUCCAAGAGUGAGAAUGAUGCCUCCUCUGAGAAUGAGCAGUUGCUGAGUCGCAGUGUGGACAGUGAUGAGGAGCCAGCCCCAGACAAGCAAGGGUCCCCAGAGCUAUGCCUGUUGUCGCUAGUUCACCUGGCCAGGGAGAAGGCUGCAGCCAGUAACAAGUCUGCUGGGAUCCAAAGUCGAAGGAAAAAGAUAUUGGAUGUUUAUGCCAACGUGUGUGGUGUUGUUGAAGGUCUCAGCCCCACAGAGUUGCCCUUUGAUUGCCUGGAGAAGACAAGCCGGAUGCUCAGCUCCACGUACAACUCUGAGAAGGCGGUCGUGAAAACAUGGCGCCACCUUGCCGAGAGCUUUGGACUGAAAAGGGAUGAGAUUGGGGGUAUGACUGAUGGCAUGCAGCUCUUUGACCGCAUAAGCACUGCGGGCUACAGCAUCCCAGAGCUGCUCACAAAGCUGGUGCAGAUUGAGCGGCUGGAUGCUGUGGAGUCCUUGUGUGCAGACAUACUGGAGUGGGCUGGGGCUGUGCCACCUGCCUCCCCACCCCCAGCUGCAUCCUGAAGAGAGUAUCUUGGACUGUCCUCCCUGGUACCAGCUGGGGAUCCAAUGAGGCCACUGCAGCUGUGAGUGAUACCAUCGGACUGCCAAAACUCAAGGCUUUUCCUG